AUGUUGCUAGUGUUACCUCCGCAUCAGUCGGUUCCGCCAGAUCCGUCGGAUAUUCAUCCACUUACGCCUCUUUUCAUUUUAAAUCAUCGAAGAUCUUCAUCAUUUGCUCCAUCCAUGAGAGCCUAUUGUGCUUCAUUCAAUCGGCCGAGCUUUUCCAAUGAAGCCUUACCUCUCUAUGAGGAGGUCACUUUACCUCUAUAUCAUGAUCCUUUACGUCAUAUUGAUGCUGUUACUCAAAAGCUCCUCCACCAGACCCUCGCCGUUGCUACUCCUAAGAUCGGUGAUCCAGGGUCAUGGUUCCAAAUCUUCGCGUUUCUGCGAUGCUCUACUACGGAAGUUUUGCAAUGUAUGUAG